AUGUUCUCUGGGGGUUUGGCAGAAGGAGAGUGGCUGUACGACAAAGUUCUGAUCGAAAAAUACUGCUACAUUGAGAACUUCACCUUAGUCGAUGGACGACUGUUCAUUUGCACGGUCUCCUGCCUUUUCGCCAUUGUAGCUUUAAUUUGGGACUACCUGCACCCGUUCCCAGAGUCCAAGCCUGUACUGGCGUGCUGCGUCAUAUCAUACUUCAUCAUGAUGGGGAUUUUGACCCUCUACACCUCUUACAAAGAGAAUAACAUCUUCCUCAUGGCCAUGCAGAAGGACCCAGCUGGUAUGGACCCGGAUCACAUCUGGCAGCUGUCCUCUAGCCUAAAAAGGUUUGAUGACCAGUAUACUUUAAGAUUGUGUUUCACUGAUGGGAAAACCAAGCAGUCGAGAGAGAUGGAGUUUACGAAGUCAGUCGGGGUGUUCUUCGACGAGAACGGGACGCUGGUGAUGGACCAAUAUGAGAAAUCUGUCUCAAAGCUUCAUGAUACAUUGGCCACAGACAAGAAGACAAAGUAACGUUUAGUAGAAACUGACGGCACUGGCCUUCAGUGACACCGCACAUGCAGUAACGGUGGCUUUAGUGGGACAAACACAGCUUUUAUUCAGGCUAGUGAGUGUUAUCAGAGUUUAGCUCGCAGCUAUAACAUUACAUAAGGUCAGCACAGCGUUCUAUUUCUUCUGUUAAAGAAAUGGUCCAGGUUUCUUUUUUGUUAACCAUGUUUUUUGUUUUGUUUUUUAAAUGCAAGUUCAGUUUAUACCGGUCUCUCAUUAUAAUGCUCUUAAUAAAAAUCCAGACAUUUCUACAACAUGCAUAGAUAAGAAAAAACAGUGUUCUUCAAUAUCAGUAGAUGUUAGGUAAAUUUAAACGCUCACUUUAAAGAAAUAGUACACCCAAAAAUGAAAAGUUGGUCUAUAAAUUAAAUUUUUUUCAUAAUCAAAAACAGUUCCCAAUAAGUUUUUAGGUGUUGCGAGGAUAUUUAUGUAUUCAUAAAGCAAAAUAAGUCACUCCUUACUUUAGGAGUGUUUUUGGAAGUGAUCCACGAUAGUGCGCCCACAUUUCAUGAUGCCUAUAUAUGCCUGUGUAUAUAUAUAUAUAUAUAUAUAUAUAUAUAUGCCAAGCUUUAUAAAAUGUUUUCAAUCUGCACGUUUUUUUCUAUUCUGAUUUAUACUUGUUGUUUAGGCUUUGAAGGACAAUGAAAAGCAAAGGAGGGACUGUGUUCAUCUGUUGAAUUGUCCUCGUGUCAUUUUGAUACUUUUGUGUUUGGCCAUUUAAACUUAAACCAGGGAUAAUCGUUUUAUGUUUCUUUUUUUUCUUUUUCUUUUUUUUGAGCAUUGGAUCAGUUUUGACCUGUUUUUCACACUCAGGAGUGAAUGGACCUGAAUUUCCUGGUUUUCUUUCUGUGUUCUGUCAACAGAUAUUUUCAAGUAAAUAAAUUAUCAAGUAAUAAUUUAUUUUGAAAGAACUGUACAUCUGGAUGCAGUUUGUUUCUCCAUAUUGUGAAAUAUUAACUUGCUGAAUUCCAUUAAGGAUUCGAAGCAUUUUUGUCUAAUAAUAUUCAGCUUUAGCUACCCAUAUUGUAUGUGCCUGUUAUCAAACAAACAAAAAAAUUACAAAAUAAAGUGAUA